CGACCGGUAUAUAAGCGGUCCAUAUAACAAAGUUCAACUCCCCAUGUAGUCGCCGCACUGCAUCAUCCGGUGCCGGAAAAAUUUUCCAUUGGGAAGGGAAAAUCAAUGUCUCACAGCGCGGCAAGGUGUGCCAGAAGGUUUGUGAACCUCACGCGUGCUCUCUCCACGGAGGCGCGUGCGCAGAAGGUGGAGCGUAUUGCCAAUGAGCUUCUCGAUCUCAACAGGUUUGAGAGGCAUGACUUCACCGUCCUCUGGCGGCUCAAGAUGGGUCUCCACCGCUAUGGCGCUCCGAUGGCCGGCGUUGUCACACCAUCAAUGCCGGCUGCAGGGUCGCCUGGGGUGGAGGCCGGUGCUGCGGCAGAGAAGACGGUGUUUGAUUUGAAGUUGGAGAAGUAUGAUGCUUCUGCCAAGAUCAAAAUCAUCAAGGAAGUGAGGUCCUUUACUGACUUGGGGUUGAAGGAAGCCAAGGACUUGGUGGAAAAGGUUCCUUGUGUUUUGAAGAAGGGGCUCACCAAGGAGGAGGCUAAUCCCAUUCUGGAGAAACUCAAGGAGUUGGGUGCUGCUGUUGUGUUGGAGUGAUUCUUAAAUUCUGUUUUAGUGCUCUAGAUUUUUUAUGUUAGAUGUAGAAUCAUUGAAGCCAUUUCUCUGGAUUAAUUCUGGAAUUUGAGAAGGCUUGUUCUGUUCUUAAGUUAAUAAUCUAUUUUACUGCACAGUCCUGUAAUUAUUUAUUCCAGCAAUGAAUUGGUUGGACAUCUAA